CUCUGCACUGUCACUGUGAUAAUGAAUUUGGCUCGCAGUACCAUAAACCUCUUGCGCAAUCGUUUGAUCUUUCGUCCCACAAAUGUUCUUCUAAGUAGCCCUGCGAAGCCAUCCUUUUCAAGACUAUGCAAGGCACAUCUUAAAAAAUACAAGGUAACAUAUACGGCUGUGAGCCUUAGUGUCGCCGGCGCGGGCCUACUUGGCGCGGUCACCCUUCCAAAGUUGGCGAUUGGCUGUAAAUUUCCUGAACAGAUCUCCGUGUCCGCCGAAACCCUGCCGUCUCCGCCCCCGACCAGCGAGACCACUUCUGAUGAGGCCGAUGACGCCACUGACUCUGUUUCCCUAAGCUGUGUAUUUGCACUGACCUGGGCUGAUCUGCCUUUUAUUUUGCUGGCACUUGUGGGUGCCUUUGGUGCAGCCUACUAUAAUAUUCGCAUUCCACUUCUCCUGGGCGAUCUUGUGAACAUGUUGGCCAGGCUGUCGAGUUCACCUGGUUCUUCUUUGUCCUCCCUUCGAGCACCUUCGAUUCGUCUCUGUGGCGCUUAUUCUUUACAGUCACUGUGCACUUUCGUUUACAUCGGCUUCCUGGCUACAGUCGGGGAACGCGUCGCUUCAAGGCUCAGAUGUAUGCUCUUCGAGCGCUUAAUAUUUCAGAAAGUUACUUUCUUUGACAAAACCACGACAAGCUGGCUGCUCGACAGGACGGUUGCUGAUGUGCAGGCUUUCAAGAGUGCUUUCAAAGCUAGCAUCUCGCAGGGCUUGCGUAGCGUAGCUCAGGUUAUUGGAUCCACUGUAGCCAUGUACAUAAUCUCCCCCACUCUCUGUGCUGCACUGAUUGGCUGUCUUCCUCUCGUCUUCCUCGUUGGCAGUCUGAUUGGCCACCAGUUACGUAUCCUGAGCCACCAUGCCCAAGAUCAAGAUGAAGUAGCCACGGAGGUCGCUUCCGAAACCUUCAUGCACAUACGUUCAGUAAAGUCGUUGACAAUGGAGCCUGUGAUGAUGGCAUCCUACGCCAAGGAAGUGACAUACGCCGGCAGUUUGCAUGAACUCUUAGGGUAUGGUAUUGGCGUUUUCCAAGGUCUUUCAAACUUCGUUUUAAACGGCGUGGUACUGGGUGUCUUGUACCUGGGUGGCAAUCUAAUUGCUCGAAAUGAGCUGGAGGCCGGCGAAUUGAUGUCCUUCCUUGUCGCGACCCAAUCGGUGCACCGAUCUUUGACUCAGAUUUCCCUCCUGUUUGGCAGCGUCGUUCGUGGCAUGUCCGCGGCCACCAGGCUCGCAAAGGUGCUCUCCCUACCCGGUCCCGACGAGGCUCGCUCCUUCGUUGAGGGCAUCUCAGACCUGCCAAAACUACCCAGCUCCCCACUCGAACCUCUGACCGCACCCACUAUCAAGUUUGAGAAUGUCAGUUUUGCCUAUCCCAGUCGGCCCACUGCAAUGAUUUUCGAGAACCUUGACUUUGAGAUCCCUGGCGCCAACGUGGUUGCUUUAGUUGGAGAGUCGGGAGCAGGUAGGCAUUACCUCUCUCUCCCCUGUCAGAUGUUGAUAUUUAGAGGAUAUAUGUCCGUCAACCUUCGUUCUUACCUAAACUUCCCCACUAGUUAA